CAAGAGAUUGCAAAAUCUCAUUUAGAAUGUUACAUGUUAAAUAUACGUUAUAAAUUUCUCUCGAUUUAUUAAUCGUCCAACGAUAGACCGUAUAAUUUACGCAUGCUAGCGUUAUCUUCAACGAUAACGAUAUUGCUUUUUUCUUUCCUUUUACGAAUAUACAAUCUUUCGUAAACCGCAAUGCUCUCUCGUAUGUAGCAUCAGAUGUAGCAGUGACGUUACGAAGCAUAGAUAAUAAUGGAUGGAGCUACUUCGCGGACCAGUCAGAAGCUGUGGGGCGGUCGAUUCGUCGAGGAUGUUGACCCUGACUUCCACGGUCUAAACGCAUCGAUCGACGUCGAUAAGCGGAUGUACGCCGAAGAUAUACAGGGAAGUAUAGCUUACGCAAACGCGCUCUGCGAGGCGAAACUUCUCUCGCAGGAGGAGACGCAAGCUAUCAGCACAGCUUUGAAACAGGUGCAAACUGAAUGGGAAAAUGGCGAGUUUGUCGUGAAACCGGAAGACGAAGAUAUACACAGCGCCAAUGAACGAAGGCUAUCGGAGUUAAUUGGUGACAUAGCGAAGAAGCUACAUACCGGAAGGAGUCGCAAUGAUCAAACUGCGACAGAUACGAAAUUAUGGCUUCGGAAAUCCAUCGACAAACUUCUGCUUAGACUAAGAAGAUUCGUUGAGGUGCUUGUAAUUCGAGCGGAGCAGGACGCAGACGUGCUGAUGGCUGGAUACACGCAUAUGCAACGCGCACAACCUGUAAGAUGGAGUCAGUGGUUACUCAGCUACGCUUGGUACGCGAAGCAAGAUGUCGAAAGGCUGCGGGAAGUGCGUAAACGGGUGAACAUCAUGCCGCUCGGCAGCGGCGCGAUAGCGGGUAAUCCGUUUCCUAUCGACCGUCGAUCUCUGGCCGCGGAGCUUGAUUUCGACGACGUCACAGAAAAUAGUAUGCACGCUGUCGGCGAUCGCGAUUUUGUUGCUGAAUUUCUAUUCUGGUCGUCGUUAUCGUCGCUGCAUUUGAGCCGUUUCUGUGAAGAUCUGAUUAUCUACAGCACUCGGGAAUUUAAUUUUGUUCAAUUCUCCGACAAAUACUCCACUGGUAGCAGUUUAAUGCCCCAGAAGCGUAAUCCGGACUGUAUGGAAUUAAUACGCGGAAAAACCGGUACUGUAUUAGGAAAGUGUAUUGGUUUCAUGACGACACUGAAGGGAAUUCCAUCAACGUACAACAAAGAUCUUCAGGAGGAUAAGGAGGCAGUGUUUCAUACGUAUGAUACAUUGUAUCAGAUGUUCUACAUCGCCGAGAAAGCACUGGCUACUCUGAAAAUAAACAGAAAUAAUUGUAAGAAUUCUUUAACGUCCGACAUGCUCGCGACCGACAUGGCAUAUUAUCUUGUGAGAAAAGGCAUACCAUUUAGGGAAAGUCACCAUUUAGCUGGGAGGGCUGUCGCCCUGGCCGAGUCAAAAGGAAUAUCAUUGCAAGAGUUAACUCUACAAGAAUUAAAAACGAUAAGCGAGGUGUUUGAAGGCAACAUAUCGUGCAUUUGGGACUACAAUUGCAGCGUCGAGCAAUACAAAACUGCCGGUGGAACUAGUUCCGAAGCAAUACAACAACAAAUCAGCAAAUUGCGGUCUUGGUUGCUCGACUUUCCUUCUGAAAGAUAAUUAUAUCAUCUGAUUAAUAAAGUUAAUCGAAUGAUAUAAAAAUGAUAAUAAAAUGUAAUGAAUACUUGUCACAUCUCUGUAACUUGCCACAAAAAAGACACAAGCGAAAUUACAACACGUGAGAAAAUCUGAUUUGAGAAACAUCCGGAUAAAUUCGAUGAAAGGAUACAUAAAUAAUUAAAAAUGUGUAACUUGUA